GGCUAAAACCUGCAGAGGUGAAGCAAUUUUACAAUUUCUGGAUUCUAUUUUACAAUCUCUUGGUCUGCAGUGUGAUUUAUUCAAUAUUAUUUAACUGAAAAGGCCAUUACUAGUGUUAUGGAGACAUCUGACGACAUUUUCGAAAAUCUUCUAAUGAAGAAGCUGAGUAUGAAGCUAAUAACUACGAGACAACCAGUCCACCUGAUACUGCUUUUAAGGAAGAAAACUUAGAAACAAUGAUGGUAACGAAGCUAGAAUCUGUGCUGUGCUUAAUCGCAGAUCAAGAGAUUUGUUAAACAAGGUACCAAUAGAUCCUCUAUUAUGGACCUCGGAAAAUGUGUUGGGUAUCUCGUUCAAUAGCAUCGAAGAUGCAGAAGAUUUUUACCUGGAUCAUCGAAGAUGCAUGUGUAGGUUUCAGUAUCCGCCGUGACAAUGUUGAAAUGGAUGAAGGAGGAGACAUGAUCCUUAUGCAGAGGUGGGUGUGCAGCCGUGAAGGGCAUAGAUCAAAGAAAAACUUGGCCAGGGCGAAUCAACAACGUGAACCCAAAACAAUGACAAGAUGCUGUUGCAGAGCUUCAUUUAUAGUCAGGUAUAGAGCUUCUAACUUGGUUUACAUGAUAACAACUUUCAAUCCAAUUAUUCACACUAAAUGAUACCGCAAAAUCAAGUCCAAUUUCUAAGGUCCCAUAGAGAAACUGAUAGAGGACAAGCUAUGGAGAAACUAGAUAUGAGGCAAGCAGGAAUCAAGACAUGCCAAAUCAUGGAUUACUUGGUUUAGGUGGGUAUGGAAAUGUUGGUUUUACAGUCAAGGACCUUCACAAUUUUAUAAAUUCUGAAUCUAGAAAAUCGAGGCUUCAUACAGAUGCAGAAUCUACCUUAACUUACUUAGCAGCUUUGACAGAUAUUGAUCCAGGACUUUACACUGCUUAUAAAGUUGACGAGGAAAAUAGACUUUGCAGAAUUCCUGUCAGACUCUUUGUCUCGCAUGGAUUAUAAUCAUUUUGGCGAGGCCUUGGUAAUUGACUCAACGUACAAUAAAAAUGCUUUUAGAUUGCCUCUAGUCAUGUUUGUUGGGGUGACCACCAUCAAUUAAAUGUUGUUAUUGGUUGUGCUCUAAUUUCUGAAGAAAAUAUUGACUCUUAUGAAUGGGCAUUCUACGGCUUCCUUCAUGUUAUGGGAGGUAAACAACCUCAAUCUGUUCUUAAAGAUGGUGAUAAAGCAAUACAAAGUGCAAUUUCAACUGUCAUGUCUAAUUCAAUUCACAGGUUGUGUUCAUGGCAUCUAACGCGGAAUGCUCGUCAGGUAAGCACUAAAGAAUUUUUGACUGAUUUCAAAAGAGUCAUGCUUUCUAAACUUUCAAAAUCAGAGUUCGAAAUUGAAUGGUUUAACCUGGUGAAUCAUUACAACCUACAAGAUUAUGCAUGGAUGGAAGAUAUGUAUAACAGAAAGAAUAAAUGGGCUGACGCAUUUUUCUUUGGAGUUUCUUUUGUUGGGAUGACGACUAGUCAAAAGUGUGAGUGCAUGCGCGCGUACCUCGAUCAUUGCUUGGAUACCAGAUUAAGCUUGUACGAAUUUGUUCAACAAUAUUUUAGAGCUUUAAACAGAAUUAGACAAAACGGGAUGCGUCUUGAAUAUGAGAGCCGCCAAUCAACAAUUCAGUUGCAAACUCACCUGAAAGGAAUUAAGAAAUCUGCAUUAGCACAUUACACUAAUUCAGUUUUCUUGAAGGUUCAUGAUGAAAUUGCCAAUGAAACAAUGUUGAUUCUACUAGAACUCAAAAUAUAGGAUGGUUACAACAUUUGUCGCUAGUAUGCUAAAUUAAAAGAGGGAAAUCUGCCAUCUAACAUGGCAAUAUCAAUUUCACAGAUGAAGGAUUUAAGAUUUGGGUCAUUGGACGGGCAAUGCUACCAGUUGUGUCAAGUUCCACUUUUCCUAGAUUUACAUAUAAAGAUCCACCAAUAUUAUAUAUCUCUGCAUUAAUUGUAUUUUCUAGUAUUUGUUUGGAGCUAAUAGUUAUAUCUCCUGAUGUUA